UAUAUUGAUGACAAAUUCGUGUAGACUAUAAUAGCUAUUACUCAUUUUACGACCGGUUAAAAUACUGGAUCGAAUUUUGACAAUUUAGUACAUUAUAAUUCAUGCAGAUUACUCUAUUGCAUAGUGGUAUCAAUGAAUGAUGGGAUCACAACUAUAAUUACCAAACACAUUGACAAGGUUCUUAUUACGAAUGACAGCCUUCAAGUAACACUCUUCAUAGAGCCCGAUUGUGUUUCAUCCCUACAGCACUAUGUUGAAUGUUAGCUUGUUUACAGAAGUUAAUGUUAUGAUAUUCCUGUUUAUUCGAGACGUAAGUGCAGGCGAUCUGUUAUCGAGGAGGAAACCUGUUACUCAGAGUACACUAUAUUCAGGCGGAAUACCUGAAAAAGCAGUUGACGGAAAUUAUGCUACUAGAUGGAUAGAUGGCUCGUGCAUACAUACGGUCUUGGACACCCCUAGUUGGUGGAUGCUUGAUCUUGAGCAGCAUUUUCGGAUUGAUUUCAUACGCAUAUUCCAACGAUCGGAAACAGUCAAUAGACGUAAUGGUCUAGUGGUAAAAGUCAGUGAUACGUCGGACUUCACUGAAGAUUGUGACCAGUGUGGUUCUACCAUUUACGAGGCUGACGGACCGAUUGUUGAAAGGAAUUGCCCCCUGACAAAGACUUGGCAAUUUGUGAAGAUCACUUCACCGCAAACUCUCAACGUAUGUGAAGUUGAAGUCUUUGGUGCAAUACUAGAAAACGCGUAUUUCAAGACGCCUACCACAGCUAAUGAGUUUGGAUGUAAAUUUGGAUUGAAUGAGUCUACACGAAGAUUAGGCCUAUGUGUCAGAUGUGCGAUGCGUUGCUUAAGAGAUUAUCGGUGUGAUUCGUUUCAAUAUGACGAAGAUUCGAAAUGCCAGCUACAAUGGGAAAGGAACCAAGGUGAACAAAGUCUCAGAAAUACACGAUUGUGGAAUGCCAACCGAAUCAUUCAUUCUCAUUAACUGUUUGGCAUCUUUUUCAUUGUUCGACUAACUUAAAGCCAACCUGACUGGAUAAUGAAAACAGCAUAGUUACCAACCGUCUCGCAUCGUGCGGUCCCGCAUUUCAAAGUGAUUUUUGUUGAAACACGUAGGCUAUUUUGCAGAAACACAUGCGUGAUCUUAAAUUUGUCACGCAUUUAGC